AUGACAGUCACUCGCACGCAGGCGGGCAAAACACCCAAGAAAACAUUGCGACCGGACUAUGUCGAAACUCCUGGCACAUAUGGGAAGCCUCGACCGCGCAAAUCACUUGCUGCCGUUGAGAAAUAUGGUACUAGAGUCUCUUCUACCGGACAUCAGGACGACAAUGACACGAUCGUUAUCGCGACGCGACGCGUCGAUAAUGCUAAAGAGGAAACAAUGAAUGGACAUGCCAAUGGACAUGUCAAGCCGAUGACAAAUGGACACAUCGGCAAGGCAGAAAGUCAAGAGAAGGUCUCCGCGGAACGAUUGGUGGACGGAUGGCGACCAGGAAUGGACGCCAAAGUCGACACAUCGGGACAUUUCGAAUUUGGAGGACCGUGGGGAGUGACUGCGAUGAUGAUCGGCUUUCCAUUGCUGAUGUACUACAUGUGGAUUGGUGCCACAUACUACGACGGCAAAUUCCCGACACCCAGAGAGGGCGAGUCUCCAACAGAUUUCCUUUAUGGUCUCUUCCGCAUGGCCUACUACGGCGCCUGGCCGUCCACAAAGGCCUGGGUCAUGUACUGGACGUUCUGCGUCUUUGAGGGCGCUUGCUAUUGCCUGAUGCCGGGUAUCUGGACCAAGGGCAAGCCAUUGCCUCACGAGAACGGGCUCAGAUUGGAUUACUACUGCAGCGGAAUGUGGUCGUGGUGGGCAACCAUCAUCGUGGCUCUGGGUCUUCAUUUCUCUGGCCUCUUCAAACUGUAUACCAUUAUUGACGAGUUUGGCCCUCUCAUGUCGGUGGCCAUCAUUUCCGGCUUUUCUGUCGCAAUCAUCGCAUACAUUUCAGCCAUUUAUCGGGGCAAGCAGCACCGUAUGACAGGGUAUCUGAUGUAUGACUUCUUCAUGGGUGCGGAGCUCAAUCCCCGCAUGUUUGGAAUUCUCGACUUCAAGAUGUUCUUUGAAGUUCGACUUCCUUGGUACAUCCUGUUCCUAAUAACGUUGGGAACGGCUGCACGGCAAUAUGAGCUUUACGGACACGUUUCUGGCGAAGUGGGAUUCUUACUCAUGGCGCACUUUCUGUACGCAAAUGCGUGUAGCAAAGGCGAAGAAUGCAUUGUACCAACCUGGGAUGUGUAUCACGAAAAAUGGGGCUUUAUGCUGAUCUUCUGGAACCUGGCCGGCGUGCCCUUGACCUACUGCCACUGCACAAUCUUCCUGGCCAAUCAUGCUCCAAGCACUUAUGUGUGGAACAAAUAUGCACUUGCAGCUUUGUAUGUGGCAUACUUGUUUGUCUAUUGGGUCUGGGAUACUACAAACAGCCAGAAAAACCGCUUCCGGGCAAAGGAAUCAGGUGGUGCCAUCACUCGAAAAGCGUUUCCACAGUUACCGUGGCAGACCGUUGAGAACCCCAAAAUCAUCAGAACAGAAGACGGGGGGACAAUUCUUGCGGAUGGCUGGUACGGCUAUGCAAGGAAGAUCCAUUACACUUGCGACUUCUUUUUUGCCCUUUCAUGGGGGGCAGUGACGGGAUUCAGGUCACCCUUCCCAUGGUUCUAUCCUGUCUUCUUCACAGCAAUGAUCAUUCACCGGGCCACACGAGACAUUCAGAAAUGUCGGAAGAAGUAUGGCAAGGCAUGGGAAGAGUAUGAGAGACAAGUCCCGUACUUGUUCAUCCCUUAUGUAUUCUAG